GAAAUACUCCUCCAACUCCGUCGAAUCGAACACAAGCAACGCGACAUAGAGCAGAACCAACAUGAUACGAUUCGAAGACUCAGCAGUCUCACCAGCGAAGUCAGACAGCUGAAGGAGGAGGUAGACGAUAUGAAGGAGGAGGUAGAUGACUUGAAGGAUGAAGUGGAAAGUGUGAACAUGAACACGUCGAGCGGGAUGGUGUUCAAGACCGGGAUAGUGGGCAUUUUCGCAGCAGCUUUUGAUGAGCUGAAAGCAGAGAUUGAUUCCUCACGGUUCCUUAUGCCAUACCGAUCUCAGAACUAUAGGAAGCGGGGACACGAUCAGCUCACCCCUGUUCCGCAUACGGAUGGUCGCCUUCCUCCAGCAGAGCUUCGUCCAAAGACUCGAGACGAGCUGUUGAGUUGGUCGCUAACACAGCUGAACGCACUGCUUGCAUGGUACGAGCUCGAAGAACAGGAGACAUGGGAUAGUGCUACCUUCGAACUGGGAAAAUAUCUUGGCGUGACCGUCUGCACGCCAGAACAUUGAAUAAUGUCAGGUCCGUUCGUGUACCGCUUUUCGUUAAUCAUCUUUGACUGUGGUGGGGGUACCAUAGCUGUCGUUGUUGGCACACUUUCGCAUUGCUUUCUUUAUCCUGUAUAUUUAUUCUGCAUCACACUAUCAUAUCCUUCGCCACGA